AUGAGGGCCAACGCUAAACUGAUUGUUAGCUUGAUCAAACGAGUCGAAGUUCGAUUACCAAUUAACAAUGCUGGGCGAACAAUCGAGGUUCUAGAGCAAGAUCCAAUCACUCAACAGACAGGCAAGUUGGAAGCAUUCGCUGCCAUUAUUGAAUUAUCGAUCCACACACUGCCCAUCAUUGUCAAUCAGCUCGGUCUUGUAUUAGAGUCGAUCUCCAAGAACACCCAGCCAUCUCCCGAAGAUGCCAAUAUUCCUAUAGAUGUAUUACAGUCUCAGCUGUUUGUGAUUCGAUUGUUAUCAGCAUGUCUACAGCACCAUUGGUCAUGGUACAAAAAGCAAUCGAUGCAGAUAUCCCGAGAAACCAACAUCACAGAGGAAGCCAAAACAGCAGCAGCAGCUACAGGCACGUUUCACGAGAGCACGAUUGCCACGACUUCAUCCUCGUCCUCGACGCUAUCCGCUAAAUCAUCGUACGCACAGCUGAAGCCUGAUGUCUUUAUCGAUCCUCCGCCACUGGACGAAUCGUUAGUGACAUUUCUGCUAUCAUUGAUGAGUCGAUUCCUGGGCCAAAUGCAUGUCAUUGAAGAGCGCAACGACCAACUCUCACUGCUAUCAUCAGAGCACACCAACGAAGCAUUAGCCGCCGCCUCCAAAGUCGACUCGCAGUCCAUGGAGUACAUCCGAGAAGUGUAUUCAACAUCUGGCAAAGUUCUGUAUUACAUCAGUGCAAGCAAUUGGAAUUCCUAUUAUGCAAAAAUCAAGAACGCUGUAAAUAUCCUUGGUGCUGUGAGUGAGAGCUCGGAUCUGAAUCCUCCAGAGGUCAGAAUCCUUGCUUUUGCAUGCCUAAAUAUACCUAAAUUGCAUAUGAUUUUGUCUGAUUUGAGUCCGUAUUUCCUCAACAUGAAGAUUCAGGGCAAGCUGUUGUUUGCAAAGAUGAUACGCAUGGCUAUCUGGAAGUGGAUGGAGAUGAAGCCCUAUCAAUUUGGAGAGAUUUGCGCUAGUAGCACUAACAGACCUUUGGCUGGUUCAGAGAUCCUCUUUGAUAUGUGCAAUGUCGCUGCUGAUAGCUCUCGCAAGAAAUCCGUCUUGUGGCCACUGCAGACCAUCUUGUUGGCACUGUCACCCGACCUCUUAGUGCAAGCGUUCUUGGAUGACAGAGGAUUGCAAAACAGAAGAACUGCAUUUCCACGUCAAUUGAAAAAGGCAUUGCAUUCCACUCGCACCCAAGAAAUUGCAGCCAUUUGCUAUGUCGAUCUAUGCAAAGCAGCUACCUUCAUAUCGCCUGAAGAAGACAGCAUCCUUCGCCACAUUGCAGCUGACGUGGAGGACGUUUUGAAAGAAAAGGUGUGGGAUUUCACCCGCUCAUCAGCAGUAGACACGCUCUCCUCCAGCUUGGGAUACACCAUCAGCCAUCAAGCACUGGUGACAGACUACUUUCUUGCCAGACUGCGACUGGAUCACAAAAAGACACUGUCCAGCCUUGUGCCUACACUGUUGGAGGAGGAUGUUCCUAUUGUCUUUAAGCAGGCUUUCAUCAAUGCCUGUCUUAGCGUGACGUUAGAGGAAAAGACAUUGCCCUGGAACCCAACAAUCAAUUCAAUGUACGAUUCUAUUUGUACGCCCUUGAGACGCAUAUUCAUCCAAACUGUAAAGGCAGAACUCAGCAGCGCUUCCCCAUCUGUUCUCUCCACCUUGGGGCCUAAAAAGGUAAAUGGUGUCAUGAGCAGUGCGGCAGAGAAGAAGAUGAAUCAACAGCAGGUGGCAACAUUGUUACAAAGUAUGCUCAAGUUAUUUAGGCUAGAUCCGUUGAGUGCUCUGCUGGGCCACGAUCAAGAUCAAGGCCGAGUAGACGGCAACGCUGCCAUCAUGACAUCGAUGAUCAGCCUACUGCGACAUGUGGAUAGACGAGUACGACGAUGUGCUGUGGACUGCCUCACACAAUUGCAUGGUUCCUCCAUCAUCAAGCAUUGGGGCCCAUCCUCCACAGUCAUGAACAAUUUCUGGAAAAUCUCCUCGCAGACCAUCCUCAGCAUUGCUCGCCAAAUCCUAGAUAAUCGCACCAACGAAGAUUAUCUAAAAUCACUGCUGGACAUACUCUCCAAGAUUUUGAUUUCCAGGAACACGUUUCUCGGUAGUGCUGUGGAUACGUCUUACGAGAACACAGAGGCGAAUGAGCGUCUCCAAGCUGGUGUCACCCUCGAAAUUGCACUGCUGGUAUCGCUGUGCUCCCCUAUACCCGAUAUUUGUUCAAUGGCAGUGAAAUGCCUGGGCUACAUGUGCACAGAGGCCAAGCUGUUGGAAGAAGAUGUGCUGGUGGAUACAGCUUCUCGCAGCAGCCAGAGCAUGAUUGGAUUUAGCCACAAUAUAGAGAUUUACGAAGAUUUAUCCUACGAGGAACCAGUAGCGCAGGGACGCAAACAGCCUUUUGUAGGCAGAAAGGCACAGCAAAAGCGAGUGCGUAAAUACCUGCGCAUGAUGACAGCACCCACUGCAGGCGUACUGACAGCUUGGGAAGAGGUCUGGAAACGAUGGAAGCUAUUGACGCAGGUAGUGAGUCGAUUUGGCAUGGACUCAUUGCGCGAUGUUAACGACACCAUGGUAAACACCACAAUAUCAUCUGCUUCGGGUGUCAAGAAGAUUGGCGGUCUGGUGCGACACGACAAGUUGCGCUCUUCAUCUGUGCGUACAGCGCCUGUUCCAGUGGGCAGAAUCGAGACAGACGAUGAAAAGCAGACGGAAUGGCAAAACUACACUGGAUUUUUGGCUGCUCUGGGUGGCAGUCGAUUAGCCGCUGAUAUGAUUGACGACGACUAUGACGACAAGCGACCCAAGAACAGCAAUGAUCGCAUCGCUUCGCCAAGCCGACCCACGAUUAUGGUUGAAAAGUUUAUCAUGGACAUGAUUGAUUUGCUCACAUCAGACAACGUUGUGGUAAGAGAAGGAGCAAAGGACACAUUGGGCGGUGACCUGUCAUCCAGUCUGUACGCUAUUCUAUUUCGCCACUUGGAAAUGACCAUGGCCAACUGCUUUACAGCCACCGGUGAGGUUGUGUGCGACAACACCAAUACCUUGUUUGUUGAGCAAGCAGUGCUGGUGCUCAAGAUGAUUUUAGAUCGACUGAUAGACCCCAACGACUGUUUGCUGAGCACUGAUUUCAGCACAUUGAUUCUGCAGCUGGCAAAUUACAUCAACCGACUACCGCAUGAAAACUACACCACCAUGCGUAUCAUGAUCAUGAUGUGCCAUCUUACCGAGGUGUUGAUGCUGAAAAAGGAACAAGUGAUUAUACGAGACGAUGUGCGUGUGCGCAACAAAUUACUGGAGAUUAUCGUCGAGUGGACAAGCGAUUUUACCUUGCGAGUGAUGAACAGAGCAGCCACCAUGUCAAUGAACUCACAAAACAGAGAAGUCCAGCACGAUUUGGAUCAAGUGUGUCUGAAGGCCAUUGUUGCCAUUCUUCAUAAGCUCCCCCUACAGACUACAGAUCAGACCAGGGACGCAGAUCGCACCAUGAACAAGAAUCGACUAUUUCAAAAGUACUUUACCUUCUUUACUCAGCUCUUGGACAGGUGCCAUCGAUACGAAGCGGAGGCAAAUACAGUUGUGCGACCAGGCUCUAAUAUUUUAGUCAAGACACAUCGUGAUUUACAUAAUCUCUCGAUCAAGCCCUCAGACUCGUAUCAGUACUGGGGCCCUUUGAAAGAGUCUGCGGUCAAUGCUGUGUCGAACCUGCUGAGCGCCAACGUAGAUGCCGGCCUCAAGUCGACGCUGGCGAUGGGCUACCAUGAAGAUGCACGCACCAGAACAGCAUUUAUGCAGGUGCUUUCCAACAUUUUGAAUCAGGGCGCACAGUUUGAUACGCUGGCGGAGAACAUUAUAGCAGAUCGAUAUGAGAAACUGGUAGAAAUUAUAGUUGGGUCUGACAUUGAUGUUGCAUUGGCUCUGUGUGAUGUGUGUCCUUCCUCAGAAGCAUCCGGUGUAGCAGAAGUUUUGCUGAGCUGCUUUGAAUCUCGCAGCAAGGUAUUGGUGCUGUUAAAGGCGGUCAUUGAGAGGGAGGUCUUUUCUACCGAGCAGGAAGCUACCUUGUUCAGAGGCACCAACAUGGCGACUCGCAUUCUGUCUAUCUUUGCCCGCGAAACCUGCGUAGACUACAUUCGACUGACACUGCAACCCGCGAUGGAGCUCAUCAACGCGCUGCCUGAAGAGAGUCUGACCUGGGAAAUGGAUCCUCAGAAACUGAACCCCAACGAAAGCGUGUUAGUCAACAAGCAGAACGUAUGUCGUGCAACAGAGAUCUUCUUGGAGGCUAUUUGCAACUCCACAUCCAGCGCACCAAGAUUGUUCCGUCAAGAACUGGCAUUGAUCGUGGAAGCUGUCAACAAGCGAUUUCCAGAUGCAUCCAAGACGGCUGUGGGUGGUUUCGUCUUUUUGCGACUCUUCAAUCCUGCCAUCUUGACACCAGAAAACUCGGGCUUCUCCAAAGCUGCCCUGCCCAAGUCCAAAGCGGUCCGCAGACUGCUGCUACAGGCAACGCGUAUGAUGCAGAAUUUAGCCAACAACAUGAUGUUUGGGGCCAAGGAAACGCAUUUGAUCUCGCUCAACGAUUUUAUCACUGGUAAUCUGUACCGAGUAGCUAGCUUCUUACGAGACAUCUCGGUGGUGCCCGAUAAUGGCAAAGGCAACAGCAACACCAAAAUGGAAUCACGAGGUGUGCGCAUGGACAACAUUUCAUUUGUGAGACUGCAUCGUUACAUGUCUGACAAUCUGGACAAGAUCUCAAGGGAUCUCUCUGUUCGACGUGCCCGCAGCAGCACAGACACACAGAAACUGUUGGAAUGGAAGCGCACCAUGGACAAGCUCUCGAAUCUGCUAGCACAACUGGGCCCUCCCAGUGAACUGGCCAACAGCGAGCUCAACACCACCCGCAAUUAUGCACUCGUCAAUGGAAACAACUUUUACAGCGAAUUCAUGCGUCGCAACAAGCACAGAGAUUUGAGCCAUAUCAGCUCCCUCAAUGUGUUUUAUCAAGGAGGUGUCUCCAAGGGCGGAAGGCCUGUGUUUUACAUGAUUGCUCGCAAUGUGCUUGGUGAAAACUUUGACUAUGAGUUGCUCAUCUAUUAUAUGCUUCGGGUCAUGGAGCCCUAUCUCAACCACCCUUUUGAGCUGCUGUUUGAUCUGUCUAGAUUCUCUGAAGACGUUGAAGUGCCUAUCCAUUGGCUGAAUCAGUUCUUUCAACUUGUCUUUAGUGAAAUGAACGACUACCUUGUCAUGCUUCACUUGUUCAACCCCAAUUUUCACAUGCAGCACUACAUUCGCAAGCUGCCGCGUGUCUUGACAAACAAGCUGGUAAAACGCACCCGUUUUGCCAUCACCAUCAACGAGCUUUCCAACUUUGUUGCCCUGUCUGAAAUUAGACUGCCUAAAGAGACCUAUGAAAUUGAAAAGGAGAUUGGCAUGUCCAUCACCAAUGCGUUCCUAGUGACUAGUUUCAAGGCCAUGAUCCCCAUCAAAAUCAAGAUUGGCCCUGAAUACAUAAUUGUUACUACGCUUCGUGAACAAGAGAUAUUCUGGAGUCUCAAUACUAUUCUGAACAAUGUGUUUAGUAUGACUGAUAUUACUGAUGUCUUCCUACCAGCUAUUCCACCCUCAAAAAAGGUGUCAACAGAAGGAGAAAUCCACAUCACACAUGAUGCAGGAAAAUCGACCAUGGUGCUGGUAGUGCCCAAUCGAGAGGAGGUGUACAAGUAUCUGGUUGAUAGAAAGAAGAAUUUUGAGUCCAAUCUCACUGAAGUGCAUCACGGUAUUCGCCCCACAGAUGUGCCUGGUCGUAUCCUGAACAUGGCAUUACUCAACAUUAGCUCAGAAGAUCCCUCGCUACGUUCUGCUGCUUAUAGUCUACUUUGUUCAUUGUGCAUAUCCUUUCGAUUUGGCAUUGAUCACAAACUGAUGAAUGCCAGAGAUCUCUGCAUUCCUGCCAACAGUGUGGAUUUCAUUGUGAGCAUGAGUGAGAAUCUAGCCAACAGUGAAACGCACUUGACUUUGGAGUUCUUGAACGAGUGCAUAUUGGGCUUCAAUCGAUCCAGCACAGAGCCAACGAGACAACUAAUCACUUUGGAUUACAUGGUGCCGUGGCUCAGGAAUUUGGUGCUGUUUACCUUGGUUCCUUACGGAAAAGAGCCCUCCAAGGUGAAGGAUGUCAUUCGCUCAUUGAUCAUGAUUACUGCAGAGAAAUCAGAGGUCUAUCAACAUAUUCAGAAGAAGAUCUGGCAGACCAUGAAGAACAUUGAGGAAUUGCAUACUAUUGUCAUUGACUCGCUGGUCCAGUAUUCUGUUGAGAACGGUAUUGGCUCUUUCCAAGCGGAAGCCAUGGCAGAUACACUUGUUACUAUGAACUGCAACGCUAUCCGUGGUAAACUGAUUCAUCGCAUGCGUCGUGUUCUGUCCAGCACAGCUCAGAAUUGCAGACAUUCGCUGGUCAAGCAUCAAGCAUGGCACGAAAUAGGCUGUCUGGUGCGCUUUAUGCUCAUGCUGUCCUUUUACUCGGAUAGCGUGCAGAAACCCUAUGUCGCUGAGGUGUUCCAUAUCAUUGCGCUGGUUGUCUCGACAGGCCCUACGUUCAUCCGUUCGUCUGUCCAUGAACUCGUCGUCAACGUCAUCCAUUCUUUGGUGACCAACAAGAACAUCAGCACUGGCAACCGCAAAAAGCUCAAGUACGUAUUGGAUGAUGUCUGUGAUGGCAAAUACCGUGUUCAUUUUUGUCUGAGCAAAUCCUACGCCAAUGCGUUUACAAUCACUGAAGACACCAUGACAGAUCAUGUGGAGCACAUGAGCCUUGCCUCGCUCGAAGUGAUUGUGCGGCUGAUGCUGGAUGCUACAAAGUACGCUGCUCCAAAUAUUGAUACUGCGAAUACAUGGCAAGCUCGUUGGAUGAGUCUGGUUACAAGCAUGACCUUUCAGUUCAAUCCAGCACUACAGCCACGUUCAUUUGUUAUUCUAGGCUGCUUGGCUCAAGAAGAGAUUGACGACGACUUGCUGUUCCAAAUCCUAAUUGUAUUGCGCAAUGAAUUGGGUCGCUUUGAUGAAAGCAACCCUUACUUGGUGAUUAGCAUAUUAAUGUGUUUAACCAACAUCAUUGACAACCUGUCGGUAAAUUCUCGCUACCUCAAAUCCCUGUUCUGGCUUGCUAUUGCCAUGAUCCAGAUGAACCACAACAGCAUCUUUUCGUAUGCUGUCAAGCUACUUCAUGGUGUGCUACGCACGUUGGACAGCCACAAAUGCUUUGACACGCGGUCCGUGGAAGACACGCUGAUGGAAGCGCGUGCACCCUUUAGUGAAAUAUCGCAAGACAUUGAUUCUGCUGUUGGUCUAAGCUUUACCACGCAAUUCUCCUUUGCUAUCGCUGGUGUGUUGCUCAAGGGAUUCAGUCAUUCAGAUGCUCGAGACACGGUAUUCACAUGUCUCACCACCUUUUUGGAGAUUGAAACUAAAUCAGGCCUGAAGCCAAACAUGAUUGACGCCAAUUGCUUGGGCUAUCUGUGUGGUUUACUACCGUUUGCAGCUAAAAACGAUGCCCUGAAAGAAUUGCUGCGUUUAGCUGGUGUCAAUGACAUCGAUGUGGAUGAAAUGAACGAGCCUUCUGCUUCUUCUUCGGCUUCGACUUCUUCAUCUGCCAAUCUUUAUUCCAUGAUUUGGAGAGCCAUCGAUAUACCCAAUAAUACAACUGGCAUCCUCCUUGUGUCAUUCCUGGUAGGUAUGCUUAGUCUUGCGGAAAACGAAGCAGAGCGUUUGUUCUUGUACGGUUUCCUUUCGAGAGCUGCGAUAUCCACGCCAGAAGUCUUUGCCUUGGUAUAUGAUUCCCUGAUACCAAAGAUGAAUGCGAUUGUUGUAUCCAGCGACAAUGCCACUCUAAUUGAUGCCGUCAAGGAUAUUCUAAUUACUGCUUGCUCUGAACCAGCAUUCAGCACAACCGAUAGAAAGAGUCAUCAGCACAUGCUAUUGGAACGCAUUGGCUUUAGUGCAUUGGGCGAGGUCAACUUUGGAUCCAUGAAUACCAGCACUGUUGUGAGUGCUAAGUUGACAAGCGACUUGUUGCGCAUGAUAUGUGAAUAG